AUGGAUGUACUACCGGAAAUAUUGGCCGGCAAUCCAUAUGAAGCCAAGGACGGACCACCAUUUAAUGAUUCAGAAACCUUUGAUAGCUCGAAGAUAUAUACUCCAAAAACAAUCUCCAUGACCAAAGGAACCUAUUAUGGAAAAUAUGCAAUGGUGUCAAAGAGUUCACCUAAAACUCUUCUUGUAGAAUCGAUUCAUAUUACAUAUGAAGCAUCUGAUGGAACAACAUCUAGGAAAUCCGAACAUGGCAGAAGCAACGGUAGCGCAUUAAACAGUACUAAAUGCGAUCCCUUCACUUUGCAUAUUGGCGAAAAAAUUAUCCAAGUUAACGGUGGUAGUGGCUCAAAAAUUGAUUCAUUACAAUUUGUUACGACUGAAAACAGAAAAUUACCUGACUCCAAAUGUGGCGGUAAUGGCGGUGGAGCGUUUAACGAUAGCAAAGAAGGUUAUUAUCUGUCGUUUAUAAGUGGUAAAGCAGGAUCAUCUUUAGAUCGAAUACAGUUCCAUUGGGUUAAAUUUUCAGAAUCUACUAGUAGUUUAUGUUGUGAUAAUGACAACAAUAAUGACACAUCACGUUUGUUAAUUACAUUUGAUUCUGGCAAUGCUUCGUAUUCUGAGAGGAACCCGCGUAACUACAGUUUCAGUACAGGUCAUGAACCUAUACGUCUAACUGAGACUACGAUAGGCGACGGGAAGUUUGGUAUUGUAAAUAAAGUUCCUCAAUAUCUUAGUUUCUCACAAUUGUUUUCGACGAUAUGGCAUACUAGAGCAGAAGACCAUACAGGGAAUGAUUCGAAUGGAUAUAUGCUCAUAAUCAAUGUGAAAGACGAAGAAAACAGUAUACUUUUCAAUUCAACUAUCGAUAAUUUGUGUAUUGGAUUAUUUUAUGAAUUCUCUGCAUAUUUGGCUAAUGUUGUCAAAUUUCCUCUAGAACGUAAACCAAAUGUUCGCUUUGAAGUCCGAGAAAUAACCGAUUCACAAGGUUUACUUGCAAACGUCACCACGGGCUCCAUACAGCAGCAGUUGAACAUGACUUGGGAAAAGCAUAGUUUGUUAUUCAAUGCAUCAGUUAUAUCGGUCACACUAUUAAUGAUUUCCUACGUUAAAGGAGGUCAGGGAAACAGUAUAGCUAUUGACGAUAUUGAAGUCCGUGUUUGCUCAACUAUAUAUUCUGGUGUUUGUCCUACAGGUUAG